AUGUCGGGUAAAAGUGAUAUUUGGAAUCAUUUCAUAAAAAAAGACUCAGGAGGUAAAUGCAAAUAUUGUCACCAGGAAGUAAAAACUAAGGGAAACACAACAAACUUGCGUAAUCAUUUAUUAAGACGUCAUCCAACAAUUCAGACCGUAAGUCUCAGAAAGAAGAGUGAAAGUGGUGGUGGCAAUUGUGGUAAUGCACGAAAUGGUGAUGGACAAGUUUUUGAUGACAUGGCUUUAGGCAUCGUGCCAGUUCCAGAUUCUCAAAAUGUUGAUAAUUCGGAUACUGAAAGCGUGGCUUCUUCUUCUGUCUCUGUAUCAGUCUUAAAACAGCCAACAUUGACAUCUUGCUUAACAAAUAUAAAAUCAUUUCGAGAUAAUGGUGUUAAAAGUAGUCAACUAGCCAAUGCAAUAGUCUUCAUGAUAGCAAAGGAUGGCUUGCCUCUAAAUACUGUAGAAAAAACAGGAUUUCAAUAUUUGAUGAAAGUAGUGGCACCGCUAUAUAAAGUUCCAGCCAGAAAAACAAUUACCCACAUGAUUGAUGAUAAAUAUAACGUUCUUUCAGCACAACUGAAAUUAAAAAUACAAGAAGUAGAAGCACUAUCUUUGACUGCAGAUGUUAGGACCGACACGAAUAAUAGUCAAAGCUACUUAGGCUUAACUGGUCAUUGUAUAUAUGAAAAUAAAUUAAUGAGCAUGAUUUUCGGUGCAACUGCUCUAACAGAACCACACAAUGCUGACUUCUUAGCACAAGUAAUUAUUAAUAUGACAGAAAAAUGGGACAUCACAAGUGACAAAGUGGUAGCGUUUAUCACGGACAAUGGCGCUAAUAUCGUUAAAGCAGUCACAAAUGUUUAUGGCAAAAAUAAACACAUGCCAUGCUUUGCUCAUACAUUAAACCUAGUAGUAUCAAAACCAUUUGACAAUAAGGAUGGACUAGACGAAGCCAAGAAUUUAUUAACAGCUGUUAAAGAUAUUACUAAAUAUUUUAAGCAAAAUACAAAUGCUGCUGACUCUUUAAAGAAAGCUCAGGAUCACCAAACAAAGCCUUUGGGGCUUAUUCAAUCUGUGUGUACCAGAUGGAAUUCUAUUUUUUAUCAAUUAGAACGAUUUGUUGAGUUAUCCGAAAUAAUUGCGCCAAUAUUACUCAAGUAUCCUAAAGCUCCAACAAUGCUUACUGCACAGCAGUUAGAAUUCAUAAAAGAUCUUAUAAAUAUAUUGAGACCAUUAGAAGUAAUAACUAAGGAAAUAUCUGGAGAAAACUAUGUUACAGCCAGUAAAAUUAUACCAAUCGUAUCUUGUCUGACUGAAACAUAUAAUACAAUGGAAAAUUCAACCGAUAUUGGUGCUAAAACACGAACUUUAAUAGCUGACGGCCUUAAAAAAAGAUUUGGAAUGGUCGAACAAGUUCAUUUGUUAGCUGCUGCGACCAUUUUAGAUCCUAGAUUUAAAAAAAUUCAUUUUACUGACCAUGUCGCCUGUUCUCGAGCAAUAAAUAGAAUAAACACUUCAAUUUUAGGUAUUACGCGGCAACAACUUCCACAAAAUAAUAGCUAA